AUGGCGGCGUCCAGUACCGCGGAGCACUCUCCCGAGAUAUCGACGCCGUUAAAGAUACUGAAAACCGAGGUGCCAUCCCCCGAGUCGGAGGAUCUGAGUGACAGUAACCAGUACCAUUCCAGCCCCUCCACCCCGAACCGCUUUUCGCCUCUGAACGUGGGGUCGGGGUCGGCGGGCCGGACGGCGGCCUCAUCCUCCAACAGCUUCACGGCUUGCCGGGGGAUGUCGUGGACCCCUUCCGAGACUAACGCCCUCAUCGCGGUGUGGGGCAACGAGAGGCUGACGGAGGCGAGGAUGCAGCAGCUGGAGGUCGCGGGCACGGUGUUCUCCGGGAAGGCCCCCGGUCCUGCCAUGUAUGAGCGGGUGUCCAGAGCCCUGGCGGAGCUGGGCUAUGAGAGGACUCCGUCCCAGUGCCGGGAGAGGAUGAAGACGCUGCGGCGCUGCUACAGCCGUGUGAAGGAGCACGGCAUCGGCAAGAGGAAGAGCAGCUAUACCAUCGAGCAGCUGGAGAAGGUGUUCGGUCAGGGAGGCUGGGACUCUCAGAGCUGCGCCCCCGUGCUGAUCAACAGCAGCGGGCUGUACCAGGAGAUGGAGUCUGACGGCAGCACGCUGGAGGACUUCUCCCAGGAGGACUGGUGCAACCAGGUGCUGGACUCUGCCUUCCAGGAGGGGGACAUGGAGACUGAAGAAAUCCAGGUGCCUAAAAACAGAGCUCUGCAGAUUCAAAUAGAGCUGUCUGAACAAACCCAAAAGAGGGACAUGAUGCAGACGGUGGUGCGUAUCCUGGAGUCGGUCCAGCUGAAAUGGGAGCACUUCCAGACCUGGACCGAGUUUUCCCGGCUGCAUCUCUCCAACAAACUGGCCAUCUUCGGCGUUGGCUACAACACCCGCUGGCGUGAGGAUGUGCGUUACCACUACGCCGAGAUCAGCUCGCAGGUCCCGCUGGGCAAGAGGCUUCGGGAGUACUUCAACCCAGAGAAGCCGGAGGGCCGCGUCAUCAUGACCAAAGUCCAGAAAAUGAACUGGAAGAAUGUCUACUACAAGUUCCUGGACAUCACCAUCAGCGAGGCGCGUUGCCUGGAGCUGCACAUGGAGGUGGAGUGGAUCCCUGUGUCUCAGUCCAGAGCAGCCGGCUGCAGCAGAGACAUGUCCCACUAUCUCCUCCCUGUGGACAUCCCCAAGGCGUAUGGACUGUACGCUAUCGGCUAUGAGGCGGUAUCAUGUUGUAACGACACCGCUCACACCUUUCCCCAGAGUGACAGUGAAGAGCUACCUCAGAGUGAGUCAGAGAAGAGUCAGGCUGAUGGAGGAGGAGGCUCAGAGAACUGUUACAGGACUGGGGCUAAAGUCACAUACUGCUACCUGGGCAUCGCUGAGGAGAGGACCAUACAGCAGAGUCUCUUCCAGCACUUCCAGGGCUCUGGCAAACACUACGGCCAUGGCGAGCCCUUGGCUGUGACGCGUUUCCUGCAGGAGAACUGCCGCGGUGCCGUCUCAAACCAGAGUGGUGAUGCAGGGGAAGACUCGUCCCAACAUUUUGCCAUUUACAUAAAGUUCAUAGAGGUGGAGCUGGACUUCCUCUCUGCAGGCUCCCUAGUCGAGUGCCUGGAAACCGCUAUUGGUUGUUCCUUGCAGUACAACAACAAAGAAACACUAACUACUCAGUGUUUCUGAUUUGUAUGGAGAUUUAAUUAAGUGUUACAGCCAGCAAGGCAACAUGAAAGCUGACCAAUUCUGUCUGUUACAAAGCAUGGAUGUGUGCAAUAGUCGGCCAUAUUUUUGCAGCCUUUUCAGCUCUACUGAACUGAUUUGUCAUUAUUAGGUCCUUAAAGAAUGAUGAUGCACAAUAUGGCUAAUUUAUUGUGUUGCUGUAUGGGAGCAGUAGCUUGAGUAUUACAGAGCUGCAACAUCCACAAAGUUCUUCAUGUUAGGCUGAUGUGCACUACGAAGGGUUUUGCUGCUGGUUAAGUUAAGCUGAAUAUUGCCUCAUCAGGAAGGGUGGAGUUGGCAAGGGGACUACUGCAGUAUGCAUCCGUCUACCUCAGUAGGAUGUAGCAAACAAGGCAGCGAGGGGACCAUAGCCUGUAUUUAUUUAAAAAAAACUGCCUUUACUUUGAGUGUUGAAGUGUGGACCUGGCUUCACAAGCGUCAAACAGAAACUGCUUAGUCAUGCCUUAUGUUCUGCACGUGUGACAGGGUUGCAGCUAGUGAUGCUCCCAUGCAAAUAGUAAAAAAAAAUCAAUGUGGAUAUCCAACACUGUCGGUGCAAAACAAACUUGGCCAGUUGGGCAAUUCCAUUUCAAUGCAGCACACUAAACGACACAUGCCUCGUAUGCCUGUAACAACCAUUCUGUGCAGCAGGAAGAACAAAUGCCCUGUGUAUCAACACACAAUUUACAUUAUUCAGACUGAAAAGCAUGGCUGAAUCCAAAUAGGAAAGGUUUUGUAUUGUUUGUGCAACACAUGCACACUAAGCGUUUAAAGACUACAUUAAGUUUAGGCACUGCCUCUCUUGCUGUGAGAUGCAGAGUCAUUACCUGCACUGCAUCUGGUCUUGAGAAGGAUUUUGUGGUCUGCAGAUGAUAACCAAAUGUUGGACUUCUGACUACAUGGAAAGCAUGUCUUGUUCUCUGUUUGGCUCUUCACUGACUUUCUGUUGCACUUCAGAUGGUGAGGGGUGUGCAGAGUUUGGCUCCUCACAGGCAACACAGCUUUGAGUUCUCUCACUGGAAGGCAGUAUGUAUUGUUGGCCAGUACUUUGGAGCAUCUCUAGCUGCAGCUCUGGGGGGGUUGUGGGUCAGUGGAGCACCAUCACAACAGAAGCUUUGCUGAUGGCACCAGUCCCUCAGAUAUCAUACAAUCAAGCGUAUAGGUGUAAACCAGGCUGCACUGAUCUACAACUUCUAGUCAGGUUAAGACCAUGACCUGCAUCCUUGACCAAGAUAUUAAGUUAUUUAUGAUUCCUGAGGUUAUGUGCAAUGUGCCAGGAAAGGACUGUAUGGAGAAUCAAGCGAUGGAGAAGUCCAUUUUGAAUCUAUGUAUAUGAAAUGUACCUUAUAUAUCUAUAAUAUAUAUAUUUAAAAAUAUCGAUGUUCUUGAGCAUUCCAGCUUUUGCAAACUUGCAAUGUUCACUUGUUUGGGUAUACAGUAUAUACAUAUAAAAGGAUAUUUUAUAUUUUAUUGGUUGACACCAUGUCUUGUAUGUGAUUGUUUUAAAGUCACUGUCUUGUAUGUUUACUUGUUUGAAAAACAAUAAAUGGGGCACUCACUGUCAUUUGCCACACAGUGAA